AUGCAGGGUUGUCGGAAGCUCGGUAUCGAGUUGCGCGCAGCCGCCAGAGCCGUCAUGGCGCAAAGGAUGCCGCGAUCCGGCACAUGCGCAGACGCGAACCCAGACGCAGACGCAGACGCGCUCGCGCUCGCGCUAGAUGACACGGUAGAGCUCGAGCAGUUCCGCCGCUCACCCCAUCCAUACCUGCGUCACGGAGACCAGACACAGAGGCAGUCACCAGGCCCGACGCAUCGCGCCCCUCGGCCCUCGCAGUCGCGACCCUCUUCCGAGCCUCCAGGCAAGACAAUGCACGACAAGGACGGCAGGACACGCAGGAAACGGGCACCGCACUCCCCGAGCGAAAGCGGCACCGAAGCCGACGACGAGGGCUACAGCCUCGUCAAGGCGCUGCCUGCUCCUCCCCUGCGACCGCACAAAGGCCUCCGCGAAUCGCGGACGUCGGGCCCAGACGAAUGGGCGAGUCCGCUGCUCACUCCCACACAGAUCGACGACGAGGGGAGAAAGCUCUUCGAGGGCUACUUCGCUCGCACCAACCGGACGAGGCGCAAGGGAGACGCAUACCACAGCGACGACGACGAGGCGAGGAGGGCCAAGCAAAAGUAUCUCCAGCGGCGGCGCAACGAGCUGGUCAGGCGAACGACCGAAACUGCAUUGCUCGCGGGCAUUGCCACGCUCGCCGUCCGCGGUUGCGACUGCUGGGUCAAUUUGCUGGCAUGGCAUAGAGCCGCCUUCGAUCCUGCCACCAUCCUCUACCCCCCAAUACUGCCCGUCCUCAUUGCGCUGUCACUCUUUGCCUCAUCACCAAAGCCUCUUCUACCCAACAUGUUGCUCGGCUUAGCUGCGUUGCCAGCCAGACUUAUUCCCUUCAGGAGCGCUACCUUGGGCUACUCUCCUCUGCACUGGCUGGUCUCCAUCAUGCCCCUGAUCGCUGCCGAGAACACCGACAUACCGUCUCGGCUGUUUGCACAGACACCAUACAAACUCAAGUUACCCCCGCCUAACCAAGGUCUAGAUCCCGAACUUCUGGUGACGUUGUUUGCUCUGCAUCAAGCGCUGCUACCGCCGCUAUACUACCUCACCACUACGAGCCUUCUACCAGCAGAGCUGCACCUGCUUUCAAUUGGGCUUAUCAACCUCCUCUUGUUCUCAGACACCCCUCAAGCAGCCAUACUCGGUGUCUUACUGUGGCUAGGCGGGCUGGGGGUGUUUUUGCUCUGCGGCAACAUCUUGAAGUGGGGCGUUGCACUUGCACGCAUUCCGCGAUGGAGGCUUCGACGUGCUGGCCAAGUCAUUCGAGCUCGACAGAACUUCUUGCAGGUGUUGACCCGUAGUCUGGGAUCCAAACGCGAUGGAAGCGAUUCCUGGAAAGAUGUGAGUGACAGUGAUGCGGAUGAAGAACCCAGAUUCGACAAGCCCCUCCAAAAGACCAAGAGCCUUAAAGUCAACGUUUUAGACUCGGUCAGACACAUCAAACCCUGCAUGGAGGGCAGCGAGCCGCGGUCCGCCGCCGAAGCGACAAAGACUGGUUUUCAGCAGUCUACUUCUGCAGCAGGGUCCACUCCUAACAGUGGACGUAAGCGUAGGAAUACCCUCCCAGUCCUCGUUGCUGAAGACCAUACGUCACAGCAUCGAUAUUCGAACCGAAGACAGUCGGGAUCGAUUGUGCAGUCUUAUUUAUCGCUCACGCCCACCGAAGCCACAAUGAGGAAAUGGCUCUACGCUGGAUACUUCUACGUGAUUGUGGUAGGCCUGAUACUGGGACCAAUUCGGUAUAGUAUCGGCAAAUAUGCUCUUCACCAACACGAACCUUUUGGAUGGGCCAUCAGCUACCUCUUCGGCAAUAUAUCACGCGUGCGGUGGGAAGUGUUCACGUGGGAUUUGAACUGGUGGGUUCCUCUGCCGACAAGACGGCACGCAGAUGACAUGGCCCGACUCACACACCAUCUGUCGUUGGCGGAAUAUGUUCGCCGCAUAGUACUGGGAGAAGCGACUACGCGUCUCUUGCUGUGCGUGUACUGUGCAGGAACCAUACUCGCUGGCCUCGUAGCGGUCUUUUCGCUUUCUGCAGUGGUAGAAGUCGACACACGCAGAAAGGUGUUCCACGGCACCAUGGUGGCGAUGCUCCUGCCGACCAUCUUCAUCGACCCUUGUUUUGUUGCGCUGGCGCUUGCACUGGUACUUGCGAUAUUCCUCCUCCUCGAUCUGAUUCGCGCCUCGCAGCUUCCGCCGCUGUCCAAGCCCAUUGCCAGGUUCCUGACGCCGUACGUGGAUGGCCGCGAUCUCCGAGGCCCCGUGGUGGUGUCGCACAUCUUCCUCUUGAUUGGGUGUGCGAUCCCGCUGUGGCUAUCGCUCGCAGGAGUGGAACGGGCUGGCGAGGAGCCGUGGCAAGGCUGGGAGGUGGAAGACAGGGACGUGAGUAUGGUGGCGGGAGUUAUAUGUGUGGGCAUGGGCGACGCAGCAGCAUCCCUCGUCGGGCGGCGCUACGGGCGGCGGAAAUGGCCCUGGGCAGGCGGCAAGUCCCUGGAAGGGUCCUUGGCGUUUGCAGUCGCAGUGUCGGCUGGACUCGUGGUAAGUAGAGUGUGGCUCCGCGUCGGGUGGGAAAGCGGUGCGGCAGGGCACAGGACAGAGGGCGAGUGGGCUCACGACGCAUUGCUCACGCUGGGCAAGGCGGCUCUGUGCGCGACAGGCGCAAGCCUCAACGAGGCGGUCCUCACAGGCGGCAACGACAACGUGAUCGUGCCAGUGAUACUAUGGGUGCUUGUGAGGGGUGUCAGGCUGUAG